CCCCGGCGCAUCGCCGAGCUGGUGCGCGGCUUGAACUUCUCCUCCAUCCAGGUGACUUACUUUACCUCGCUGUCCAGACAGAAGGAGUUUGAAGGAAACACUAAGACAGUGAUCCCGCUGUUUUCCGUAACAUAUUUUUUGACGAUAACCUUUUCGAUCGUCUCUUGCCUCAGACUGAGCUGUAUAAGAAAUAAUAUCUGGCUUGCAUGCUGUGGAGUGGUUUCUGCUGGUUUAGCUGUAUUAAGCAGCUUCGGAUUGAUGCUGUACUGUGGAGUACCAUUUGUCGUCACUGUAGCAAAUGCACCAUUUCUUAUUCUAGGAGUUGGUGUUGAUGACAUGUUCAUCAUGAUCGCUUGCUGGGAGAAAAAUGCAAGGGAAAGAAGCAAAUCGGACACUAAAACUCGAAUGGCUGAGACUUACGCAGAGGCAGCGGUUUCUGUUACAAUUACUACUCUCACAGAUGUUUUAGCCUUCUUCAUUGGCACCUGGACUGCUUUUCCAUCUGUGAGAUCAUUUUGCCUCUACACAGGCACUGCUUUUGUCUUCUGCUAUAUAUAUACCAUGACCUUCUUUGGGGCGAUUCUCGUACUAAAUCAUAAAAGGGAGAAAGGAAACAGACACUGGUUAACUUGCAUGCCUGUGAAAACAGGUAAAGAUAGAAAGUCCUGCUUGUACAACGCAUGUUGUAUAGGCAGCUGUUCUGGUGAGUCAUCUGAGCCUGAAAGUGGACACGUAAUGAACAAAUUCUUUGAAAGCCAUUAUGGUCCUUUCUUUACAAAUAAAUGGGUCAAGCUACUUGUGGUGUUGCUGUAUGGAGCAUAUCUGGCUGGUAGUAUUUAUGGAUGCACUCAGAUCAGGGAAGGCAUAGAUCUUCGAAAUCUGGCUAGUGAUGACUCUUACGUUAUUCCAUACUAUGAUGAUGAUAACAAAUAUUUCUCAGAAUAUGGACCCAGGGUCAUGGCUGUGAUUACUGAAAGUGUAGAAUACUGGAAUAAGUCUGUUCGAAUGGCCAUUGAGAAUUGCAUGCAGAGCUUGGAGGGCAUUUCAUAUGUAGAUAAGAACCUGACAGAGUCAUGGCUGACUGUAUACACAAAAAUCGCUGAAGGUGCCUCAAUGGAUAUAAAUAGCAAGGAUCGUUUCAUUAAUUAUUUAUUUAUACUGUUCCAGAAUUAUCCAGAUUUUGAGUCCGACAUUAACAAGACUCAUGAUAAAAUAGAAGCUUCACGUUUCUUCAUCCAAACUGUGAAUGUUACCUCAGCUGUUGAUGAGAAAAAUCUUUUAAACCAAUUAAGAGACACAGCCAAGCAGUGCAAUAUUCCAUUAAUGGUGUACCACCCAGCAUUUAUCUACUACGAUCAGUACCUGGUCAUAGUGCAGAACACCAUUCAGAACGUUCUCAUUGCUGCUGGGGCGAUGCUCGUUGUCUCUCUCUUGCUUAUUCCCAACCCAUUUUGUUGCUUGUGGGUAACUUUUGCUAUAGCUUCUGUUAUAGUUGGUGUUGCUGGGUUCAUGACGUUUUGGAGUGUCAAUCUAGAUUCCAUAUCCAUGAUCAACCUUGUCAUCUGUAUAGGAUUUUCAGUAGAUUUUUCUGCUCAUAUUUCCUAUGCCUUUGUUUCAAGUGAAAAGCCAUCAGCGAAUGAAAGGGCAGUAGAAGCUCUGCACCUGUUGGGCUACCCGGUAUUACAAGGUGCGAUUUCUACUAUAUUAGGAGUAGUUGUCUUGGCUGCAGCAAAAACCUACAUCUUUAGAACGUUUUUUAAGAUUAUGUUUCUUGUUAUUUUGUUUGGGGCUCUUCAUGGUCUUGUUUUUAUCCCAGUAUUUUUAACCUUUUUUGGAAAUUUUGGCAGAUCACCCCACAGUAAAUUAUCUGGAGAAGUCCUCAAGCCGCAGACUAGGUUUAGGGAAGAUAAAGACUGUCCAUAACUAAGUUAAUAGCUUAAAUGUAUAUUUUACAUUUGUGUAGACUAAAAAGCCGUAACCUUAAGAGAAUAUGAAAAAUGUAUUUAUUCUUUUAUUUUUCUCACAACAGAGCAGUACAGUCAUAAGAAAAGCCAUGCAGCAAGUAACAGAAGGAGAAAUUAAAAUACGCAGAGGAUGGAUUUGUAACCUUUUUUUUGGCAUUUACUAAUUUUUGUUUGGCUUUGUAAUCUUCAUGUUAUAAAACUUUUUUUGUGAAUUAUUUACUGACUGAGUUGAAGCUAAAAUGAUUAGAAACGUUGAAUAUUGUACCAGCUCCAUGUACUGUUACAGGUUUGUCAGGGAACGCACAUAUGAAGGAAGAGUAACUCCUGAUUGUUUGCAUCUCCUGGCUUUUUAUCUUGAUGAUGGAAAUCAGCCCCGCAGCGUGCCUAACAGCAACUUUCCCCACGAGUCACAAACCUUGGGGUUCUAUUGCAACGUUAUCAAGAGGGUGGGUCAGAACCGUCUCAGACGGCAACCGUUCAUAAGCCUUCAGCAGACUUAGUCUACACAGGCUCCUCGGGCGCGAGGGUCCCUGAGGGAAGACAAACUUACCUAUUUUGUAUUAAAAUCCUUCUUUUCUUGGUG